CAGGGCACAGGAGCACCCUGAGACCUCUCCAUAACCCCCACCCUCGGGGGGACAGCAGGGGUGAGCCCCCUGCACCCCACAGCGCCUGAGGGCAUUGGUCUGAGGGUCUGGGAGCCCCAUCCACCCGGGCCUGCCCCCAUGUUUCUGUUCCCACCCUCCGUGGCCCCCCCACCUCCUCAGCAGCCCCUGCUGUGCCCCUGCUGACAGGGGUGACACCUGGAGGGGCGCUGAGGGGGAACCCACAUCUCUGGGGCUCUGGGUAGUGGCUGUGCUGGGGACAUGCAGUGGGGAGUGGGCAAGGCUGGGCACAGGCACAGUUGUUACAGAUGUCCCACACACACACACAAGUGCCACACACAGGUGUCACACACAUACCACAAACACACACUUAUGACACACAGAAUCACAGAGCAGUGUGAGGUGGAAGGGCCUUCUGGUGAUGAUCCAGCUCAACUCCUGCCCAGGCAGGGUCGCCUGGAGCAGGUGACACUUGUCCAGGUGGGUUAGGAUGUCUCCAUGGAGGGACACCCCUCACCCUCCUGGGCAGCUGUCCCAGGGCUUGGCCUUUCCAUGAUGCAGGGAAGUUGUGCCUCCUGCUGGGACUGUUGGAGCCCAGGGCCUGACUCCUCAUCCUUCUCUGGGCAGGAUGGGGCUGGGUCUGGCACCAUCCUCAUUACCUGGGGAGGUCUGGGGUUGGUGGGAUCCCCCCUCAGAUGUUUGUAUGGAUUGGUGCAAUCCCCUCAGGUGAAGGAUUAGUGUGGACGUGUGAGCAGCAGUCCAGAGCUCCACGUGGACUCAGGAGCCCUGGCAGCCCACCAGGCACAGAGGGGGACAUUGCCAGGAGCAGGGAGAGAUUGAAAUGGCUCCAGGCUGUGCAGGUGAUCCAGAGCGUGGUGACUGGGGCAGGCAAAUGGGAUGUGGAGCAGCAGGAUUUGUAGGAGGGCACAGCCACCCUCCUGACUCUUGAGGUGUGCUCCUCUCAGGUGGGGAUUAUUUUUUUCACUUGUCCAACUUGAUUAGACCCAUCAGUAGUUCACACAUUGACAAAAGCCAUUGCUGGCAGGAGUGGGGAGAAGCAGACAGAGCUUCCCAAGAAACACUGGGCUGCAGAGAGUAUCUGAGCUUACUGUUACUGCUGGACGACAGUGGAAACAGCACUGCAUGUGGUGUGAACAGGUGGAGUAUCUUACAGAGGAAGUGGGGAGGCUGAGGAUUAUCAAGGAGUGUCAAGAGAGACUGGUGGAGUUGCACCAUUCCAUCCAGGAGAGAAAUGCAGUGCAUGAAAGCUCAGCAAGAGUCAGAGUAGCCCUGACCCUCUUGCCAUCAGACAGGAGGAGACCUAAAAGUUGGGGAAUGGAAACAGGUCCCUGCUUAGGUAGCAGAAUCCCCUCCUGGCUUUCCUCACCUUCCCAGGUGCCCUUACAGAACUGAUACGAGGUCCUGGAUUUUGAGGGUCAGACAGUUGAGAAGAAAGUCUGCUUGGUGGGUCUCCCAGAUCAGUGCAGUCAGUCAGACAGAUCACAACUACAGCUAUUAAGGAAAAUAGAAAGGGUAGAUUCACUUCUGAGGGGGGCUGAGACCCUGUAUGCCAACCAGACCCAUCCUACGGGGAAGUCUGCUGCCUCCCUGCCAGGCGAGGGACAUUGCUGAGAGACUCCCUGCAUUAAUUCAGCUCACCAGUUGCUGCCCACUGCUCGUUGUACUGAUGAGAGAAGUACCAGGGUAGCAAAAAAGGACUUCAGGGCACUGGGUUGCCUGGUUGAAGAGACAAGAGCAAAAGGUACAAGAGGUGGUGGUCUUGAUUUCUUUGGUAGUAGAGAUGAAUGCCAAAAUGAACAGAUGGAGAUGGAUGGGUUCACCUCUAGAAGAGGCAAAAGGAUUCCACUGUGAAUUGGAAGGGCUGCAGGGCUGAUUGAGAGGGCUUUAAACUAGAUUUGAAGGGAGAGGGGGAUGAGAGCACACUCACUAGAAAUGAAGCUGGGGGCAGCAGGCCAGUGCUGGGGAGAAAUUGAUAGCACAGCUAAAGUGCAUCUACACCAAUGCAGCAGUGUGGUCAACACAGGAGGAGCUGGAGGCCGUGGUGCAGCAGCAAAGCUCUGAUGUAGUUGCUGUCAUGGAACUGUGAUGAGAUGACUCCAUGACUGGAAUACUGCAAUGGAUGGCUCUAAGCUCUUCAGAAGGGACAGGUGAGGCAGGAGAGGUGGUGUGAUGACUCUGUUAGGGAGGGUUUUGGCUGUCUGGAGCUUAGUAAUGAAAAGGUUGACUGGUCAUGGGUAAAAAUCAAGGGGAAGGCUGGCAAGGCAGAUAUCUUGGUGGGGGUCUGUUCUAGACCUCCCAACCAGGAUGAAGAGGCAGAUGAAUUAUUCUAUGAAGUGCUGGCUCAUGUUUUGUGGUUGCCAGCCCUUGUUUUUGUGGAGGUCUUUAAUCUGCUGGAUGUCUGCUGGAAGCAACACAGUGGAGAGGAGACAGUCUGAGAGGCUCCUGGAAUGUGUGGAAGAGAACUUCUAACUCAGUAGUUGAGCAGCCCACCAAGGGUGGGGCCCCGCUGGAUCUGCUGUUUGCAGACAGAGGGGCUGCUGGAAGAUGUGGUCAGAGCCAUCUUGGGCACAGUGACCCUGAAAUGAAGGAGUUUUCAGUCCUUGGUGAAGUAACAAGGUGCGUCAACAAAACCUCUACACUGUCAGAGGGUGAAUUUCAGCCAGUUUGGGACACUGAUUUGGACAGUCCCUUGGGAAGUAGCCCUUACAAACAAAGGGUCCCAGGAAGGCUGGGCAUACAUCAAGAAGGAAACCUCUAAGGUGCAGGAGCAGCCUGUCCCUAUGUGCCUAAAAAUGAGCUGGUGGAGAAGAAGUGAUUGUCCCAGGAUACCUCAAGUCCUGUGUCCAGUUCUCAGCCCCUCAGUUCAAGAAGGGCAUUGAGGGGCUGGAGUGUGUCCAGAGAAGGCAACAUAUCUGGGGAGGGCCUGGAGGGUGAAUCCUAUGAGGAGUAGCUGAGGGAGCUGUGGAGUCUCAGCCUGGAGAAAAGGAGGCUCAGGGGAAACCUUCUCACUCUCCAGAACUCCCUGACGGGAGAGCGGAGCUAGGGGAGUCUCAGCCUUCCAGGGAACAAAGGACAGGACAAGAGGGAGCGGCCUCAAGUUAUGCCAGAAGAGGUUCAGGGUGGACUUCAUGAAAAAAUUUUUCAUGGAAAGGUGGUCAGGCAUUGGAAGGGGCUGUCCCAUGGAGUUCCAGUCCCUGGAGGUGUCCAAGGAAUAACUGAAUGUAACACUCAGUGUUGCAUUCAGUUGUACAUUCUGUGGUUCUGUGUGAUUCUGUGAUUUGACAUAUUUGUAUGGAUUGAUGGAAUCCACUCUCAGCCUGCUCCAGACUAACUAGGCCAAGCUCCUGCAGUCUCUCCUCAUCAACAGACAUGCUCCAGACUCUGAAUCAUCUUUGUGGCCUCCUUGACCCUCUCCAGCAGUUCCUUGUCCUUCCUGAGUUGUGGAGUGCAGAACAGCCUCAUGUGGGCAGGGCAGAGAGGCAGGAUCACCCCCCUGCCCUGCUGGCCGCACUCUGCCCAACACCCCUGUGCUGUCCCACCCAAAGGGGAAGGGAGAACCUGGGAUCACAGAUGUGCAGGAAGAAUUUACUAUCUUUGUUAAUGACAAGGAUGAUGGGAGGGAGUGCACCUUCAGCAGGUUUGCAGGUGACACCAAGCUGAGUGGGGCAGGUUGCACUCUGAGGGACCUGGACAGGCCCAAGUCGUGGCCUGUGGGAACCUCAGGAGGCUUGACAAGACCAAGUGCAGAUGCUGCACCUGGGCAACCUUUGGAAUCCAUCCAGGCUUGGAAUAAGCAGAUGGAGGAGCCGUGGGAAAAGGACUUGGGCGUGCUGGUGGAUGGGGGGGACAUGACCCAGAACCUCCUGUCCGGGGCUCAUCCCAUAGCAUGGGCAGCAGGGGAUACUCUUGGAUUGUGCUGUGUGAGGGAGAUCAGGCAUGCUGACCACCUUCCAUCCAGAGAGCAGCAACUGUAUUUUCCUCUGUAAUUUCAUACUGUUAUCUUUUUACCCUCAGCCAUCCUCCCAAAAAGUGCUUCAAGAAAUUAUGGAGGGAAAAAUGUAAACUUUAAAUUAUUAAGAUAUGUAAUCAAAGUCAGAUGCCUUUCUGAAAUGGAUGCAAACAAACAUAUGCAAAAGGUGAAUGUAGGUGAACUAGCAGAGCACUGCUGUUUUACAAUAAGGAUCACCACAUUUAAAAUAUUCAUUGGGGGUGGGAAGAACAGUUGACAGGCUGAGAGAGUUAUGGCUGGUCAGCCUGGAGAACAGAUGGUUCCAGGGAGACUUUGGUGCCUCUUCCAGUACUUAAAAGGGGCUUAGACAAAGGCUGGAGGGGUACUUUGGACAAGAGAAUGUAGUGAUAGGACACAAGAAAAAUGGCCUUAAGUUGCAGGUGGGCAGAUUUAGAUUAGGUGUUAGGAGGGAAUUUCUGACUGUGAGUGCAGGCAGGCCCUGGCACAGAGCAGCUGUGGCUGCCCCUGGAUCCCUGGCAGUGCCUAAGGCCAGACUGGACAGGCCUUGGAGCACCCUGGAAUAGUGGAAGGUGUCCCUGCCCAUGGCAGUGGUGUCACUGGCUGGUCAUUAAGGUCCAUUCCACCCAGAGCAUUCCAUGUCUCUAUGACUCUGUGCUGCCCCUCCCUGCCAUGCCCAGCACUCAGAACCAGCCCCUCUGUGACAGUGGCCCUGGCGGGCACUGUGAGCACCACGAAGGCUGUGGGUGCGGUGGCAGUGGCCACACUGGAGGUGACAUCUGUUCAGGCUCUGCCACCUGCGCUGGCACCGAUGGCUCUUCUGUGGCUGCUCAUGCUGCUGGCCCUGGCCGGGCCCGUGUGGGGCACCUGGGACUCCUGCAGAGGGACCUGCGGGCUCCAGCCCAUGGCCUCUGACCACAGCACUGCUGUUCUCGACUACAACUCUGUGACUUCUGCUGCUGGCACGUCCCAUGUGGGUGGCACCAGUGUCCAGCCAGGGGCCUGGCCCGGCAUCGUCAGCAUCCAGGCCACCUGGGAGAACGGCACAUGGCACAUGUGCACGGGUGUCCUCCUCAGCUCCCAGUGGGUGCUCACGGUCGCACACUGCUUCGCCAGGGCCGGGGGCAUCUCCAUGUGGGACGUGGUGAUAGGGGCCACAGAUCUGAGACAGCCAGGCCCUGAGGCUGUGGUGAGACGCAUCCAGAGGCUCCUGGUGCACCAGCACUACGUGGCUGCCACGGCCAGGAACGACAUUGCCCUGGUGGAGCUGGACCAGCCCGUGGAGUGCAGCGACUACAUCCAGCUGGGCUGUGUGCCCGACACCUCGCUCAGGGUCUCGGAGCUGAAAUCCUGCUACAUCGCCGGCUGGAACUUUGCCAGAACUCAGGGAACAGGCAUGGUGCUGCAGGAGUCCAAGGUCCACCUCAUGGACACAGAGCUCUGUAACAGCAGCCCAUGGUAUGCAGGGGCCGUUCAUGCUGACAACCUGUGUGCUGGCUACCCGCAGGGCGGUAUCGACACCUGCCAGGGGGACAGCGGGGGUCCCCUGGUCUGCAAGGACAAUGAAGCUGACUACUACUGGCUGGUGGGAUUGAACAGCUGGGGAAGAGGCUGUGACAGAGCCAGGCACCCCGGGAUCUACACCUCCACUCAGCACUUCUACAACUGGAUCCUGCUCCAGACGGGCCUGAGCCCUGCAGAAAGAGCUGGUCCAGCACCGGAGCCAGUUGUCACCUUGGCCCCUGAGGAGGAGCCUGAGGAACCAGAGGAACCAGAGGAACGCAUCAACUUGACCCCUGAGUACAGCCAGAGACCAGCAGUGACAUCCUCGGGCACGUCACUGCCCAUGGCAUUCCCACACCAGAUCCUGGUGCAUUUCUGGAAUCUGGUGCAGGAGUUCCUGCAGUUUCAGAAGGACAAAAAAGCCUGAGCAGCAGCAGGAUGAGCAGGAUCCAGGGCUACCUACAGUGGAUCAUGGCAGCUCCUGCUGGGCCAAAGGUAGCCUUGGGGCCAGAGGCUUCUCUAUCCUGCCCAUGCUGCUGUGCUGCAGCCACAGCAAUGCUGAUGUGACUGAGGCAUUGAAGUAAAGUUUCUGUGUUCACCAUUA